GCGAGAAAAACGUCGUUUUCCGUAGGGCUGUGGUCGGCGGUGGGCGAAGAAAAAACACUGACGGACAGCUCCAAAGGAGGUGUGGGAGGUAAAGGGAAAAUAAAAGAAGGAGGGCGGACAUUCCUGUUGCGUCCACCUCUUAGCAAGAUUCUGGUCACCAGGGUCAAACCCCGUGGUCCAAGAAGAACACGCUUGUCUGUGUUUGUGGGACUACCCCCCGCGGCUGUGACCUCGCCAGUGCGAAAAGGCUACUAGUAGUUCCCGUCCAAGUGAUCGUCUUCACAAUCGAACGAGUCUGCUCCGAUAUACGUUUGCUGAAUGCAGGAGUCGUACUCUUGAACGGACGAGGGGAUAUUUUCCAUUGACUUUUCCUCAUAAAACACACGUCGCUGUCUGGUUGACUUGUGAUACGACAUGAUUACCUUCAAAGCAGCGGUCAUUGCCGCUAUGGUAAGGCAUCGCGCGGCAUCUCUUGUGCACCGUGCAACCUCAUCUGUGGUGUCGAAUGGGACCAUGGGCCACGCUGCGGGGGACACGACGACAAUUAUAUCACGAACAGCGGUGAGAGCGGGAAUUGAAGCAUCCAGAAGACGCUCGGCGCGCAUAUCUGUGGACUUUGGGCGAACGUUUAUGGCGGGCUUUGCCGGGCGAAUGAAUGCUCCCCCGCCUCCUCCUCCACCCCCACCUGGAUCUGAUGGACUGGCUCCCUUCCCAAUAGCGCUUUCGACAAUAUGUCUCACAAUCAUCGCACACAAGGCGCGAUUCUAUAUGCAGACGCGACAAGCAACCGCUCGUCAGACUUACAACAUGGCAUCACGCGUUUUCCCGCAGCCAGAUUCAAGCUUCAUACAGCCCGAAAUACUCCUCAUUGCGGGACAUUUGCUAAGGAAGUGGGGACGACCUGCGCAAGGUAGCAUUAGCAAUAUCUUUCAGUCCCUUUCGGCAGUCGAAUCGGGGAACUCCUCGUCACCGUCAUUUCUGAUGGACGAGAGCGACGAGCAAUUUCUCGAGCAACUCAACGAGGCCUAUCCGCCUCUGAUUGCAGUAGUGUCACCUGAAACACUCUCCGAAGAAGAACUCGCCGAGUCCGGUAUAGAUAAGAAUAUUUUAGAUGCAGCACUAAAGAGCGUGAACGAAGCGGAUGAGAAGAAGCACGUCGAUGAGCCCGAGGACGAUUUUAUUGAGACGUCUGCUACGUCCGUUACUCCAAAAAACUUCUUGUCGGAUCUACACGAUUCGGUGCAAGUCCUUGCUGCCACCAUCAUCAAUCUAGCGACCGAAUGGGUCAUGUCAGCGUCUACCGCCCAUCGUAAUCUUCCGUCAAUGGUUCCUGCAGAGGUGAUGGAAGAGAUGAGCUUCCUUCGCGAAUAUCUGCAACUAUGCGUGGCGGCGAAUAGGGCUUUGGAUUUGCCCCUGUUGUUCCCGUCGGAAAUGGAGCUUAAUGAACGUGGUGAAUUGACCAAACUGAAGCGGUCAGUUUGGGUUAUUAUUGUGCGCGCUGUGGCCAGGAGCUUGGCGGGAGCUGUGGUGGUGGUUGCACCGCACCUCGCUGCCAAGGUUGGAGUGAUAGAAUCGAAUCAAGGCAAUAUGAACCUGAUCGAGGAAUCUAUCCUCGAAACUGAUGCUUUCCAGAUGUGGGGACUAGGCCUUCCGGAGCAUCUGUUGAAUACUGAGUAUGAGAGAAUGGUAUCAAGAGGGUUCGAUGAAGAUGGUGUCGAUGCAUGGUAGAUGCGACAACAAGAACCGCACCAUGCUCGCAAUUGGCGGCCCUGCAACCUUUCCCGGUUUUGGCAGCAGCUAUGACGCGGAUAUAAACCGUUGGAUGGUCAUCUUCCUCAUUAGAGGAUGACCUCUCCGGCCAACUGGUGUCUCCUGCAAUGUAAACACACAUGCCACUCGGAUGACAGCCGGCCGGCCCCCGCCCGCCCGCGCCCGACUGGUUCGCGGCAGAGCCCGUUGUCAGACUUUUUGUAAAGAUGCGUACAAACUUUUUGGUCAGUGUACACACAGUAUGCUGUAUGCACCCUUCGACUUGACUAGCGGAGGAGGAAUUCUUUGUGCCUAGUGAAUCUUUGUAGUUUAUAAUUGUUGUUUAUGACUGUUCAAGUAAUAUUUUUGUAGAUAACUGUAAUAUGUACCUUAAUGUAAUACUUUUUUAAAAGAAUCUAAUCGUCGUUUCCGA